AUGAUCAAACGACAGCUGCGAGUCGACCCGAGCUAUAAACCUUGUGGGAAUGAGGUGGAAUCUACAGAUCGUAUCAUCUUGGGAUGUUCGUUUGCUAGAGCUGUCUGGUUUGGAAGUAAUCUGUCCUAUGUGAUGCCCAAUUCAAACAACCCGAAGUUAUCUCAACUAUUGGGCUUCUGGAGUCAACUACAGUUUCCCAACAAGAAGAGCCGGAUGGCAGCCCUCUACUUACUUUCUUUUAUAGUGUGGCAUUUAUGGCUCGCAAGAAAUGAGCUGGCGUUCAGGGACAUGCGAUAUACUCCAGAAGAGAUAAUUGAGAGAUCACAGAAAGCUUUCCAAGAAUUCUGGGCUUCCUGCACAGCCCCGUCGUCAGCACAUAGCAACUCUUCCAACCAGCCUGUUCAUUGGACGGUGCCCCCUCCAAAUCGGUACAAACUAAACUGCGAUGCUUCUUUACCACACUCUGCUUCGAGGGGAGGGAUUGGAGGCAUCCUGCGCAACUCGAUGGCCAGACCUGUAAUGGCCUUCUCAGCUCCAGAGCAUUUCUUAGAUCCCUUUGUAGGAGAGGCGCUUGCAGUUCGGACUGGCCUAAAGGCGACGCUGGAUGGAGGCUUCGAGAACAUCAACAUUGAAGUGGAUAAUGUUAGCCUGGCGUCUCUGCUGAUAGAUGAAUCCCUACCUGUGCCUAUGAGUGCGGCUAAUAUUAUUGACGAUAUUAAAAUUCUGUUGCAAAAUUUCCCUUUUGUAAACAUCAGUUGGAUCCCUAGAGAAGCGAAUGAUGUCGCUAACUCUCUAGCCAGGAAGGCCACAUCCUUGGUAGGCAGGAUGGAUUGGCCAAAUUCCAAUCCUUGGCUCCUUGACCUUUGUCAACAGGAUGCCUUGUGUAACGCUUGCCCUCCUUUGCAAUGA